AUCAAUGACAUCAGCAGAAGCGUUUGGGACGCAGAUGAGCUCAACACAUGAAACAUCACUGGUUCUCUACGAGCAGCGGGGCUUCAUUUUUUUACCGUCAUACUGCGAGUGGACCUGAGAGAAACCGGGACUGUCAUUCUCAAGUACUAUAUAACCUACACAUUUGGCUAAAACCGUUUUAGGAACAGGGUGCAUCUGAUGAAGCUAACAGUAGUUAGCUUAGCUAGCAUAGUUGUUCAACUGUUACCACCACUGUUUAGUGAUUAAGGUUGAACUUUAUUCAACUCGAGGAAACUAUUCAGGCGGGUCAAGCUACAGCUAAAUACAAGGACGUACUUUGAACUCCACAAGGGUCAGAUUUCAGUGUUGCUAGCUGUCAGCGAGGUGCUAGCAGUCAGUACAGUGGGGUUUGAUUAGCCAGUCCGACUUCCUUGUGUCGUUCGAGGUCAUUCUGUAGCGUCCAUCUAAGACAGCUAACUGUUAUCGGUCAUGAAAAGUCUUCCAUUCUUCUGCCGGGGAGAGGUCAUCAGAGGCUUCGGGAGAGGAAGCAAAGAACUGGGAAUUCCCACAGCCAACUUCCCAGACUCAGUGGUGGACAAUCUUCCAACAGAUAUCAGCACAGGAAUCUACUAUGGCUGGGCCUGCGUGGGUAAUGGGGAUGUCCACAAAAUGGUGAUGAGCAUUGGCUGGAACCCUUACUACAAAAAUACCAAGAAGUCCAUGGAGACCCAUGUGAUUCAUAUGUUCAAAGAGGACUUUUAUGGGGAGAUUCUCAGUGUUGUCAUGGUGGGCUACAUCCGACCAGAAAGAAGCUAUGACUCUCUUGAAGCCCUCAUUGCAGCGAUCAACAACGACAUUGAGGAGGCCAAGGUCAAGCUGGAGCUUCCAGAGCAUCUCAAACUGAGAGACGACAACUUCUUCACCAGCUCUCCCAGCUCAUCUUCAGCCCUGCCCUCCACCACAGCAUCUACGUCACAGACUAUUAUGAAUGGUCACUGACAGCUGGCUGUGACUGUCUCAGUUUGUGUACACACACACACACACACACACAACACACACACACACACAGAUCUCUGUAUAAACACAGGUUUGUGUAAUUUUACUCAUUAGAAUGCACAGCCUCAUUCUGAGAUCUCUCAGCUGUCGUCAUGGCUGCACAUAGAAAUAAUCAUAAACAAACCAUCUUUUUUAUUGUGUUUUUUUCUUUUACUUUGUUAGUCUUUCUGUGUUUAAAUUUUAUUUUUUACUUUCUCUACUGGUUAGUUGCAGACAGUCACUUAAUAGAUGAUGUUCAUUUGUUUAUAUUCACACCAGAUUGCUGCAUGCAGCUCUUGAAUAUCACCGCUCCUCCUGUAUGUUUGGAAUCUUUUGUGUGAGAAGGUACAUAAAAUUAAAUACAGAUCUUGGAAUGAGAGUGACCAGAAAAUACAAACAGCUGUAAUAAAAAUCUGUAUUUCAGGAACGACACAAGUAUAUACUCAGCUCUAUGAACACUAUUUAGCCAAGUUUGUAAAUAUGUCACUUAUUGAGUCAUUUUCUGUUGAGAUUCAUUUAUGUGUCAGAUGGUUAGAGAAACAGUCUGGGUAUCAUUAUCUGUAACAAAAACACGGGUAGCACAGUUAGUUGACUUUAUGCAACAAUGUGGCUAAGUGCAAGGCAUCUGUAUGAAGACAGGGAGAUUAAAUAAUGAAAUUAUGUAAAA